GCAUUGGGAUGAUUGGCCCAUACCCCGAUAUAUUGUGCGUGUGUGUGCUUUGGCGAUGAGUGGAAACUCGAGAAAUCCGGGGAAAACCCAUUCGUGCAGAACAGGGGGAGAACAUAAGUCUCCGAACAGAGAGACGCUCGUGUUGAGAAUCAAACUCAGGCCGUGAGGCACGAGUGUUGGCAGUGUGCUGCCACGCCGGCUGUGAGCCCAGGUAUGACUCCAGCUUCGAAGGACCGGGCGUGAGUUACGGCCUUUUGAGACGCGGGGGGCUGCGUCGCCUUGGACACCCCACGCCACCGUGGGAAGAUAGCGGUGCACUGCCACCCCAUUGCGUUUGUGAUGUGGCCGCACGGUGGAUGGAGAGGCGGUUAACGGUGGAGUUAUCAAAACAAUCUCCUGUGUGACGUGUCACCUCCGUGAUGGUGAAUCUGCCACGGUGAUCUGCCACGUCAUUCUCCUGUGACGUGUCUGGUCAGGUGAGUGGAGGGCACAGUGACCGGUCACAUCAACUAUCUUGUGGCGUGUCCGGUCAAGUGAUAAGAGGGCACGGUGACCUGCCACGUCAUUCUCCUGUGACGUGUCAGCUCGGUGAGGAGCGCGUGGUGGGCUGCUGGACAAUACCGGCGAAGCGGAGAGCUGUCGCAGCCAUUGCCCAUGUGAGGGGCCCGGCAAUGGCAGAGGGGGUGUCGGUCUGGCCCUGGUCCACCCUCGUGGUGGGGGAGUGGGUGUCGGAGCGGAGGGGGGCACAAUGGGCAGCUCUAUAAAUCCGAGCCACAGUGCAGCAGCAGCACCCACAGCUGCCAGCACCUCCAACGCCCACGCUCUCUCUGCGACUCGGGGACGAUGGCGCGCAUCUCCGCUUCCCUGCAUCUUGCUCUGCUGCUGAUGGUGCUGCAGCUCCUGAUGCUGUCACUGUCGGCCGCGGCUGACAGAUCUGGCUCCUGCCCAAAGCAGCGGCCUGGCACCGUCGGCACGUGCGUCAACCUCUGCGAAGACGACGACAGCUGCCCGGGAAAGCAGAAAUGCUGCAGCAACGGCUGUGGCCGCACCUGCAUGGAUCCCGUGCGGCCAGACAAGCCCGGCGCCUGUGCCUUUGUCAACACGAGCAAAAUCCACUGCCUAUCCCACGAAAACAAAUGCGCGGACGACCAGGACUGCCUGGGCGACAGGAAAUGCUGUGACAUCACGGGCUGCGGGAAGCAAUGCACGAGACCAGUGAAACGCAGGCCCGGAUUUUGUCCGUAUGUCAACGCCCAGCUCAUCAAAUGCGCGUACCGACCCGACCUCAACCGAUGCCAGCAGGACUGGCAGUGCCCCGGCAAAGAGAAGUGCUGCAGCUCCGGCUGCCUGAUGAUCUGCAGAAAGCCAGUGAAGGUCGGAUCGUGCCCGGUGGAGGACACCUACUGCAUCGCCAGACAAGGGGAUGAUGAGGAGGAGGAUUGCACGGACGACACCGACUGCCCCGGUGACAAGAAGUGCUGCAGCCUCGCGUGCGGGAUUCGCUGCUUGGAUCCAGAGCCAUGUUCAGUGGUGAAGCCCGGUUCGUGCCCCAUCCGGGACUACUCGAGGAUCAAGUGCUUGCGCUACCAACACGACUGUAGCGGUGACGUUGACUGCCCCGACAACGACAAGUGCUGUCGUGUCGAGUGUGGAACUGGCUGCGUGGAUCCAGAUAUUGUUGCCCUGAAGCUCGGCUCUUGCCCUACGCCGCCCCCUGAUGCCGUGGGGACGUGCGACGAGGCGUGCAAGGACGACGAGAGCUGCCCCGGGGAGCAGAAGUGCUGCAGCAACGGCUGCGGCCACGGCUGCGUGGAGCCACUCGCACUGCACCCCGUUGACCCACUCCCAGACAAGCCCGGCGAGUGUCGCUACGUCAACACCGCGCUCGUCCGCUGCUCCAUCAAAGCCGCCAUCGACGAGUGCAAGCAGGACUGGCAGUGCCCGGGCAAGCAGAAGUGCUGCAACGUGGGGUGCAAGUUAAAGUGCAGCAAACCAGUCAAAAACAAGCACGGAUUUUGUCCGUACGUCGACACCAGGCUCAUCAAAUGCGCGUUCCGGCCCGACCUCAACAAAUGCCAGCAGGACUGGCAGUGCCCUGGCAAAGAGAAGUGCUGCAGCUCCGGCUGCGCCAUGAUCUGCACUCAGCCAGUGAAGGCUGGGUCGUGCCCGGUCCGGGACUUCUCGAACAUCGUCUGCAUCCGCUAUAACGACGGCUGCAGCAGUGACGACGACUGCCCUGACAAGCAGAAGUGCUGCAGCGUCCCGUGUGGGGUGGGCUGCGUGGAUCCAGAGCCGGUGAAGGACCAGAUCGGGAAGGAGUCUGAUGAAGAGGAGAAGGAGGAGCGACCUCCGCCCACGAGUUCCUCCGACUCGCUCCUGAAGCUCGCUGCGACGACGAUGAUGGCUCGGGUCUCUGCUUCGUCCCGACUUGCUCUGCCGAUGAUGAUGAUCGCGAUGCUGCAGCUGCUGCUGCAGUCACCGUCGGCAGUGGCCGUGAAGCCCGGCUCCUGCCCUACGCCGCCCCCUGGCGCCGUGGGGACGUGCGACGAGGCGUGCACGGACGACGAGAGCUGCCCCGGCGAGCAGAAGUGCUGCAGCAACGGCUGUGGCCACGGCUGCGUGCAGCCGCAGGUCCUCGGGCCGAGCGGCGUGAAGUUGCCGGUUCUCAAGCCGAUCCAAGUGGAGCUGGGAGAGGCGAGCCUGAGCAACGGGACGCUCCGAGGCAGAGUGGAUCCAGAGGUGAGGCCCGGGUGCUGUCGGAACCCGGGCCCCUUCCUCACCAAAAACUGCGAUUGUAAGAACGACCUCUGCCACAGCGACGGCGAAUGCCCCGGCGUCCGGAAGUGCUGCCCGCACCCGUGUGGGAAUCGCUGUGAAGACGUGAAGUCAGGGAAGCCCAAGGCCGGCGAGUGUCUGUUUGUGAACACGAGGCUCAUCCGCUGCGCUUUCCAGCCCGGCGAUUGCAGCGAGGACUGCCAGUGCCCCGGAGAGCAGAAGUGCUGCAACACGGGCUGCACGAUGGCCUGCACCACGCCCGCGAUCGUGAAGCCCGGCUCCUGCCCAGCGAUUCCCGUUGGCUUCAAGCCGACGUGCAACAUUCGCUGCCUCAACGACGACAGCUGCCUCGACGACCAGAAAUGCUGCAGCAACGGCUGUGGCCGGCAGUGCUUGAGACCGGCCUCGGGGAGGCCCAAACCCGGCAAGUGUCCAUUUGUGGAGACGGCGCUCACCCGCUGUGCUUUCCACCGCGACCUCAACGAGUGCAGCGAGGACUGGCAGUGCCCCGGGGAGCAGAAGUGCUGCAGCAACAGCUGUGGCCACGGCUGCGUGGAGCCAGAGGAUCUCAUUCUGAACGACGCAGAGCUGGUGGCCGUGAAGCCCGGCUCCUGCCCUACGCCGCCUCCUGACACCGUGGGGUCGUGCGACGAGGCGUGCACGGACGACGAGAGCUGCCCCGGCGAGCAGAAGUGCUGCAGCAACGGCUGUGGCCACAGCUGCGUGCAGCCGCAGGUCCUCUGGCUGAGCGAUGUGAAGUUGCCGGUUCUCAAGCCGAUCCCAGUGGAGCCGGUGGCCGUGAAGCCCGGCUCCUGCCCUACGCCGCCUCCUGACACCGUGGGGACGUGCGACGAGGCGUGCACGGACGACGAGAGCUGCCCCGGCGAGCAGAAGUGCUGCAGCAACGGCUGUGGCCACAGCUGCGUGCAGCCGCAGGUCCUCUGGCUGAGCGAUGUGAAGUUGCCGGUUCUCAAGCCGAUCCCAGUGGAGCCGGUGGCCGUGAAGCCCGGCUCCUGCCCUACGCCGCCUCCUGACACCGUGGGGACGUGCGACGAGGCGUGCACGGACGACGAGAGCUGCCCCGGCGAGCAGAAGUGCUGCAGCAACGGCUGUGGCCACAGCUGCGUGCAGCCGCAGGUCCUCUGGCUGAGCGAUGUGAAGUUGCCGGUUCUCAAGCCGAUCCCAGUGGAGCCGGUGGCCGUGAAGCCCGGCUCCUGCCCUACGCCGCCUCCUGACACCGUGGGGACGUGCGACGAGGCGUGCACGGACGACGAGAGCUGCCCCGGCGAGCAGAAGUGCUGCAGCAACGGCUGUGGCCACGGCUGCGUGCAGCCGCAGGUCCUCUGGCUGAGCGAUGUGAAGUUGCCGGUUCUCAAGCCGAUCCCAGUGGAGCCGGGCAGAGUGAAGCCAGAGGUGAGGCCCGGGUGCUGUCGAGAUCCGGACCCCUUCCACAUCCAAUUCUGCAUAUGGAAGAACGACCUCUGCCGCGGUGACGGCGAAUGCCCCGGCGCCCAGAAGUGCUGCCCGCACCCGUGUGGGAAUCGCUGUGAAGACGUGAAGCCAGUGAAGCCCAAGCCCGGAGAGUGUCCGUUUGUGGACACGAGGCUCAUCCGCUGCGCGUACCGCCCACCGCUGUGCAGCGCGGACUGGCAGUGCCCCGGGGAGCAGAAGUGCUGCAACACGGGCUGCGUGACGGCCUGCAGCCAGCCCGUCAAAAACGGAUUUUGUCCGUAUGUCGACACGACCAGGCGCAUCAAAUGCGUGGUCCGCCCUGACCUCAACCAAUGCCAGCACGACUGGCAGUGCCCGGGCAACCAGAAGUGCUGCAAUACGGGCUGCGAGCUGAUCUGUAUCAAGCCAGGUGUGCGCCAGCCUCAAUCAUUCCCCAGUCUUGAGAGAAGGAAGAUCGUGCCAUCAUCACUGCUAGCGUCAUCAUUCGCAUCAGCAGCCAUGAUCUACUCAAGCCCACUUGCCAUCACGUCCACUUGCCAUCGCGUCCACUUGUCAAUGAUGUCUCCUAACACAUUCUCUAAUCCUAGUUCUUACACCUGGAUCUUGAACUCCAAGCCACAGGUCUGA